AUGUGGUUUGUCGUCUUGUUGGCCGCCGCCGCCAAUGCGGUCACGCUGUCGGCUCCCACGGUGACCGUUGCGAGAGAUAUCAAGGCGUCUGCGCGGCCAGAGCACCCAGAGACCACCGCUGGGCCUGCGACGCUCGACAACCUGCACCUCCUUGAUCGUCGAGACACCCUCGCUCAGGCGGAUGCCACGGUCUGUGGUUACUACAACCGGGCUAUUGAUAACCGCCUUUACUGCUUAAACAACAAUGCAUGCGUCUUCUACGCCCCUGACUCGGAAUUCCCUGGAAUGGUCGGCUGCUGCCCGCAAACUUCCGCGACCGAGGAGUGCAUCAUCUUCAGUACCUGUAUCGACAUCGACGACAUCCUUGCGACAUCCGAUCUCCUCGCGCAGACGACAGACUCGAUGGCGCUCUUCUGCACGUACGAUGAGAACCGAUACUGCCACACCCGCACAUGGCCCAGUCUGAAUGCGGCCGACUUUGAGUGCACCUCCACCAGCUCCAGGUGGAUCGAGACCAUGUACACGUAUGGAACCGUGACGGAUGAGGAGGAUGUUGAGGAUCAGACCACUGAGACGCUUUCGUUCUCGUGGAUUUCGAGUUCGGAUUUGCCGACUGCUCGUAGUGCGGAUGCCACAACCACUACUGAGACUGAAACCGAAACUGAUACGCCGACGACCUCUACAUCGGGGGGCUCAACACCCUCACCAGUCGACGAGGAAACCCCAAUAGAAACCGAGGAUCCGGACCAGGGAUCCUCGACGCCGGUUGGAGCCAUUGUGGGCGGCGUGGUUGGAGGUGUUGGUGGAUUGGCUUUGGUCGCUGGCGCGUUGUUCUUGUAUCGGCGACACAAGAAGAAGAGCGCCGUUGUCGACACGCCGGUUAUUCCCCCGCCAGAGACAAAGCAGCAGCCCGGUAUCUCUACAAAGGAAAUGUUUGCCCCUCCCCAGGGUGCACCCCAAGGAGCUGGCACGGCGGGGAUGCACGAGGUUCAGGCAGAGCCCAUGUACGCCGAACUACCGGUCCAGGAGGCGCGAGAGCAGCGAGUGAUGCGCCAUGAGCUGGAGUGA